AUGACUGUAUACGACACAUCACGUUACCAACAACAGCUUCAGCAGCAGCAACAACAGCAGCAGCAACUGCGAAUACGCCAGCAACAACAGCAGCAACAACAACAAGCUGCUGCUGCGGCGGCCGCUGCGGUGGCUGCUGUAGCAAUCGCCGCGAUGCAGGGUUCAUCAGGCAAACUAGCACCAACUUCUACCGGGACCACUUCAGCUGGUAAAUCUUCGCUCAGUGCUCUUCCAGGUACGUCUGCGGUUCGACUUCCUCCUCGAUCGUGUUAUUCUUCCGGUGAUGAGGAACCUGCUUCGAGUAACACUCAACCUGUACUGGCCGGCCCGGUACAAUACCGGACAACGGGUUUGAACCCGGCGGUUGCGGUGUCCGGUCCUACUAUGCGUUCUAACCAACAACAGCAACAACAACCGCAGCAGCCCCAAGCGGCCGAACCGAGCUCUACUGGAAUGAAUCAACAAUUGAUGAACCAGUUGGCUAAACUGCAGUCGUUAAGUGUUUCCACUGAGGAUUAUGCCAACUAUCAAAGUCUAGAAGCAUUACUUGGUCAUACAUAUCAANCGGCACCAGCACAACCAAUGGAGGCUAUCAAUUUUCCUGAUGCCCUCAAUUUUUCCCAAUUGGACGAGUCUGAUUUGCGAAAACCAACUCCCAAUUUGUUGGAUACUGGCUUGAUCGUAAAUGCUGCUCCACCGAACGAGUGGAAAAUAUUAUGCAAAUUUCAAAGCGAUCCAAUAGCCAAUGGUGAUCAUUGGAUUCUGGAGAAUUAUAAGAAAGAUUCAUGA